ACUAUUCUCGCGAGAUGUAGCGGCACCAUACAGCAACGAUAUGGUCCUGACAACCGGUUUUAAAGCAUUUUAUCGUGUAGAUGUUGUCUCUUAGUGAUGAAGGGAUUUGCGCAGAUUUGAAUAUGUAAGGCGAAACAAUACAGUAUUGUUGCUAUCACGUGAAAAGUCUAAAUUACUUAGAUAGAAGAGACAUGCGGCACUGUCGCUAGCAUGCUGCAGUUAGCGACAUGCUAAAGUUAACCGCUGGGUACAACGUGAACAACAUUUUACUGAGUAUUUAAUGCUUGAGACAAGUUUCUCUUUACAGUUAGCUAACAAUGAAGUGUCACUAUGAAAUAUUGGGUGUGAAACGAGAUGCAGGAGACGAUGACUUGAAGAAAUCUUAUCGUAAAUUAGCAUUGAAAUGGCAUCCAGAUAAAAAUUUGGACAAUGCUGAAGAGGCAGCGGAGCACUUCAAGCUGAUUCAGGCAGCUUAUGAUGUCCUGAGUGAUCCGCAGGAGAGAGCUUGGUAUGACAACCACAGGGACGCUCUGCUGAAAGGAGGACUGAGUGGAGAUUAUGAAGAUGACAGCAUUGACCUGCUGCAGUACUUCACAGUCACCUGCUACUCUGGCUUUGGAGAUGACGAGAAGGGCUUUUACACAGUUUACAGGAAUCUCUUUGAGUCCAUUGUUAAGGAGGAGAAGGAGCAUGGCAGGGUGGAAGAGGAGGAAGAGGAGGAGGAGUUUCCUCCCUUUGGAGACUCGCAGAGUGACUACGAUACCGUAGUGCAUGUGUUUUACGGCUACUGGCAGAGUUUCUGCACACGUAAAAACUUUGCCUGGAAGGAGGAGUAUGAUACCAGGCAGGCCUCCAACCGCUGGGAGAAAAGGGCCAUGGAGAAGGAGAACAAGAAGACCAGAGAGAAAGCUCGAAAGGAGCGCAACGAGCUUGUGCGACAACUCGUGGCUUUUGUUCGCAAGCGAGACCGCCGUGUGCAGGCCCACAAGAAGCUGGUGGAGGAGCAGAACGCUGAGAAGAUCAAGAAGGUGGAGGAGCUGAGGCGCAAACAGAAGCUUAGCCAGGCCAAACUGGCAGAGGAGUACAGGGAGCAGAGCUGGGCGGCUAUGUCUGAACUAGAGAAGGAGCUGCAGCAGAUAGAGGCUCAGUAUGGAGAGGAGUUUGGAGACGCAUCAGAGAGUGAGGAGGAAGAGCUGGAAAUGGACGGACGGGAGAAGAACAGUGAAGAGGGAGGAGAUGCAGAGCAGCCUGAUGGCGACGAACUGACAAUUGACUAUUAUGAUGAUCUGUACUGCCCAGCCUGUGACAAAUCCUUCAAAUCGGAUAAAGCUAUGAAAAACCAUGAAAAAUCCAAAAAGCACCGGGAGAUGGUGGCUUUGUUGCGGCAACAACUAGUGGAAGAAGAGGUUUCACUUGGUUUGAACCUGGACGGAAGAGAGGAGGAAAAUGAGCAGGAAGAGGAGGAGGAGGAGGAGGAAGACAAGCCGAGGCAAAAGCUGUCCAAAAAGCAAAAGAAGAAAAAGAAACAGCAGAAAGUAGUACAUCAGAGUGCUCCGGAGGAGGAAGAGGAGGAGGAGGCGGCAAAACCAACGCUGACGACCUGCGGGGAAGAUGCCCCUGAGAAGUCAGCAGACCCUGCAGAGCCCGAGAAGCAGGAUGAUCGUCCUCCCACAGAAGUCAAGAGCAGCUCUGGGAAGACAAAAGGAAAGAAGGGAGGAGGAAAAGACAAGCCAAAAAAUGUCAAGUCAAACACAGGAGGAGAGCAGUUUUCUGAGAAGGAAGUGAACCUCUGCUGUGUGACCUGUAACAACGAGUUCCCCACACGAAACAAGUUGUUUGACCAUCUGAAGACGAGCGGCCACGCCUCCGCUCUCUCCUCAAACGUUGCUCACAGCUCCGUGAGCAAGAGCAAAAAAGACAAGAAGAAGAACAGAUAACAAAUCUUUCAUGGGCUGAUGAACCUGACCAACUUUUACUCAGCGGGGACACAGGAAACGACGCUCUGAGACCUAAGAUACACCAGAAAAAGCCUUUGAAAGUGGACUUUAAUAAACUUGGUUGGCUGACUGAGAGCGGAUUGUUUUUUAAAGUUACACAAUCAUGUUCGGUGAGAUUGUUGUGUAUUUGUGAGAGAUUAAGACUUAAGACUGCAGUUAUGAGUCUUCCAAAUUGGAAUGAUUGAAACUUUGCGCAGUGUUUCUGUACUGAUAAACCGGUAGAAAAAUAGGACAUGCCUUUAUCCCUAUUAACAGAUCCUUUACUGUUUCAGAAAUUGUCUCUUGGUUUGUCAUGAAGAGCUCAGUAGUGGUAUUUCUGCAUCAUAAAAAUAAGUGAUACUGCACGCUGAUAUUUAUACCAACACUCUGGAAUGAUUUGCAUUAACAAUAAACAACUGUCUGUUGUAUGUCUGGACAAAA